CAGCAGCUGCCAGGCAUUCUUGCAUUAGCUAUAUUUAAAGCUUUUAAGGAGCACUGAAAUCAUAUCUGGAGCUAAGCCGACAAUACCUGGGUAACACAAUAGAUCUUAGAGGGAUAAUAAUGGAAGAAACAGGAAUAAUGGCAUACAAAAAGUUCCUUGUCCCUGUAUUACUGGGUGUCGGAUGGAUUGCUGGUUGUGUAUUGAUGAUCUAUGUUGUUUUCUCAUGAUAACAGAGAGAUGAUCUCAUGAGAGACAGAAAGAACUGGCUGUCAAAAGAACAACACUGAUGUCUGCAAAGUUCUCUACAGUCCUGGAAUGUUACCUCACAAUAAAACAAUUAUUUAGCAA